AUGGCAUCAACAGACUAUGCUUCCAAAUUCGCUUCUCGUAAAUCUUCAUGUGUCCAACCAUGGUGGAAAACUAGAGAUAUAGAUGAAUUAGCGUACUUGGUUUCUCAGAAAUUCCUCAAUUAUGUUGAGAAUUGUGAUCUUCCACCUCCUCCUCGACAACCAUGUGCUAAAUCCACUGUCUUUUCCAAUUUGGAACCUUCACCCAAUCCAUGCCAUUUCUAUAUUUCUUUUGACAAAUCCUCAAGUUAUACUGCUAUUCAUGAGAGUGACACAGAUGAACCUUUUGAGGGAGACCAAAGCAAAGCUCAAUUGAUGGAAGCAUUGCGUUAUUCGCAAACACGCGCGAGGGAAGCCGAGGAGUUAGCGAAACAGGCUUAUGCUGAGAAAGAGCAUAUUAUUGCACUCUUUUUCGUACAAGCCUCACAUCUUUUUGCAUACAAGCAAUGGUGUAGACUGUUACAUUUGGAAGGGCUAAACAAUAAGCAUACAUCAGUUUCUACUCUCGACGCUCUUCGUAAGAAACCAUUCAUGAGAAAGGGAAUGAUUGUUGAUGACAAAGAUGGAAAACUAGGCAAGUUGAAGAAUGAUGUAUCAACAACAUAUGAUGUUGCAUUUGCUUUAGGAUUGAGUCUUGUUGGAGCUGGAUUACUUUUAGGAUGGACUGUUGGAUGGAUGUUACCUCGUAUCUAG